AAAUCAGCGAGUCAAGAACUCAAUUCUCAUUUCCAAAACUCGUCGUUACCUUCUCUUCUCGGUACUAUCCGUUUCUUCUUCCUCUCUCCUUCCAAAUUUCUCCAUUCCCAAUUCUCUAUCUCCCAAUUCAUUCACUCACAUUACUACAGACUCUAUAUAUACCCAAACUAUACAUACACCUAUAGAUACAGUGACAGAGAGUAAGAGAAAUGCCGCCAAACCCUGCGGAGGUGAAACGAGCGGAGCUUUUGAGAAAUGACGGGAACAAUUACUUCAAGAAAAACCGUUUUGGAGCAGCAAUCGAUGCUUACACUCAGGCGAUAACGUUUUGCCCUAACAUUCCGGUUUAUUAUACCAAUCGUGCUCUGUGCCAUCUCAAGCGCAAUGAAUGGGAGAGGGUUGAGGAAGACUCUAGAAGAGCAAUUCAGCUGGACAGCAAUUCGGUUAAGGCGCACUAUAUGUUGGGACUUGCGUUGCUACAGAAACAAGAGCUUCCGAAAGGAAUCAAAGAAUUGGAAAAGGCUUUGAAUCUUGGGAGAGGUGCCAAUCCACAAGGUUAUAUGGUAGAAGAAAUAUGGCAAGCGCUUGCAAAAGCAAAAUACAGAGAGUGGGAACGUGCUUCAUCCCAGCGAUCUUGGGAUUUGCAGAACUUGAAAGAAGCCUGUGUGUCUGCUAUAAAGGAAAAACAAUAUCUCGGAGCUAUCUCUGAGUCAGAAGGAUUUAUAGAUGAUGAUGCUACUUCCUAUUUGAAACAUUUGGAGGCUAUUGAAAGAGUUUUCAAUAAAGCUGCAGAAGACGAUAUACCAGCUGAGAUUCCAGAUCAUCUAUGCUGUAGAAUAACACUUGAUAUUUUUCAUGAUCCUGUAAUCACUCCAAGUGGACUUACAUAUGAGAGGGCAGUGCUUCUUGAUCAUCUUCAGAAGGUGGGUGGUUUUGAUCCAAUCACAAGGGAGAAACUUGAUCCAUCACAACUAGUACCAAACUUGGCCAUUAAGGAAGCAGUCCAUGAGUUUUUGGACAAACAUGGGUGGGCUUACAAGAUAGAUUAAGUUGUAAAUUGACAGUUUGUUGCAGGUUUUGUUUGCUUCGGAGAUUUAGAUGAUUACUGCUAUACUGUUGCAAGUGUGGCCAAUUCAUAUGCUAAUAUUGUUUGUUGCUAGUGUUUUGACUUUGAACAGCUUAUUGUGAAGUGUACAUAUAUGGUUUUGGCUGUGAUGUUUUGUAUAUAAUAUAGUUGUCAACUCCAUUGUGGAUCCAAUGGUGUGUUGCUACAUUAUUCAAUGAAUUUAACAAUUGGGUUUUAUAUCACAA